CAAACUACCAUAGAGGAUGUAGUCAUUGUCAAUGAGUACUAUUCCGUAAUAACAGAAUUUUGCCUGGUUUCAAAAAAACAUUAGUUGUGGCAGAUGUAGUCGGUAGAUUGUUGAAGAUUGGAAAAAACGUAUCCAACAAAAUCCUCCGGGGCUCUAACAAUUCUGUGCAUUCUUUAAUAGAGAAGACAAUAAUUAUAGAAAUCUUUGUUUUAUACAAUAUAAAUGGGAGAUGGGACAGGGUUCUUGAUUGCCCGAGUACGUGAAAUCAGGGCUGUGUGAGCAUAAUCGAAUCAAAGUUUCAACUACCCAUUUUAAAUGAUGUACCGAGUGUUUCGUGUUCAAGACGACCAGCAGUUACUGAAAGUCAAUUAAGGCCGCCAGCGAAGGUUUGAUGAGAUGUCUUCAACUAAAUAAUCAUCCUGGAAUUUAUUGCAGCUACAUCUACUCAACUAAUCCUACCCUCUUUUCCUGUGAGCAUUCAAAGCCAUAAAAAGCCAAUUUUUUUUGCUGUGUCCGUCGUUUUUCUUUGAUUCUUGGCAGUACCCAGUUUCCUGUUCUCUGAUUUUGAGGCUAAAAUGACAGAUUAUGUGGUGAAAGUUGAAGAUGGCAGACCUUCUGGUGAUGGAAAGCCGUCUGCAGGACCUGUGUAUAGGUGCAUUUAUGCUAAAGAUGCUCUCAUGGACUUUCCUGCUAGACUGGAGUCUCCUUGGGACUUCUUCAGUGAUUCUGUCAAGAAAAAUCCAAAAAACAACAUGCUUGGUCGGCGUGAGAUUGUUGACAAGAAAGCAGGUUCCUAUGUAUGGAUGACAUAUGAAGAAUCCUACAAUACCGCCAAAAGAGUUGGAUCUGCUAUCCGGAAAUGUGGUGUCAAUCCUGGCGAUAAGUGUGGCAUAUAUGGCUCUAAUUCUCCAGAAUGGAUAUUGGCAAUGGAGGCUUGCAACAGCCAAGCCAUUUCCUAUGUACCAUUAUAUGAUACUCUUGGUGCGAAUGCAGUGGAGUUCAUCAUAAACCAUGCCGAAUUGUCAAUAGCUUUCAUCCAAGAGAGCAAGAUGUCAGCUAUACUAACCUGCUUACCAACAUGUACUUCACAUCUGAAAACAAUCGUCAGCUUUGGAUAUAUUUCCAGUGAGAAGAAAAAGGAAGCUGAACAGCAUGGUGUAGCAUGCUAUUCAUGGGAAGAGUUCAGUCAAAUGGGAAGUUUGGAUGAUGAACUUCCACCAAAAAGUAAGAGUGAUGUCUGCACAAUAAUGUAUACCAGUGGAACAACAGGAGAACCAAAAGGUGUCAUUCUAAGUAACGAGGCAGUGAUGGCUGAAGUCUUAUCUGUGAAUCAACUGCUUUUGUUAACAGACAAAGCGGGUUCGCCGGAUGAUGUAUACUUUUCGUUCCUUCCAUUGGCUCAUAUAUUUGAUCAGAUAAUCGAGACAUUUUGCAUUCUUAGUGGCGCUUCAAUUGGAUUCUGGCAAGGCGAUAUAAGAUACUUAAUUGAGGAUCUUAUUGUAUUAAAGCCAACUAUAUUCUGUGGAGUUCCACGAGUUUAUGACCGCAUAUACACAGCCACAAUGGAUAAAAUAUUGGCUGGUGGAACAUUGAAGAACCUACUCUUUCAGUAUGCCUAUAACUACAAGUUGAAGAAUCUGGAAAAAGGACUAAGACAAGAAGCAGCAGCUCCUUUAUUUGACAAGCUAGUGUUUGACAAGAUUAAACAGGCAUUUGGUGGGCGGGUACGGCUUAUGCUCUCUGGAGCUGCUCCGUUGCCCAAACAUGUAGAGGAGUUUUUGAGGGUGACAUGUUGUUGUGUCUUAUCACAAGGAUAUGGCCUUACAGAGAGUUGCGGAGGAUGCUUGACAUCCAUAGCCAAUGUGUUCCCAAUGACAGGGACAGUUGGUGUCCCAAUGACUACAAUUGAGGCAAGGCUUGAGUCAGUGCCUGAGAUGGGAUAUGAUGCACUAGCUAGCAUUCCACGUGGAGAGAUUUGUUUGCGUGGAAAGACAUUGUUUUCAGGAUAUUAUAAGAGGGAAGAUCUCACCAAAGAUGUUCUUGUAGAUGGAUGGUUUCAUACUGGUGAUAUUGGGGAAUGGCAGCCUAAUGGAGCAAUGAAAAUCAUUGAUAGGAAAAAGAAUAUAUUUAAGUUGUCUCAAGGAGAAUAUGUUGCUGUAGAAAGCCUGGAAAGCACUUACUCUAGAUGCCCUCUUGUGGCAGCAAUUUGGGUUUAUGGGAACAGUUUUGAAUCUUUCUUGGUGGCCGUGGCAAUUCCAGAGAGAAAGGCACUUGAAGAUUGGGCUCAUAUUAACAAGGAAACUGGAGACUUUGUAGAACUGUGUAAGAAUCCGAGGGCAAAAAAGUAUGUUUUGGAUGAGUUGAACAGUACUGCUAAGCAACACAAACUACGCGGCUUUGAAAUGUUAAGGGCCGUUCACCUCGAGCCAGUUCCUUUUGACAUUGAGAGGGAUCUUGUUACCCCCACCUUCAAGCUGAAAAGACCACAACUACUUAACUAUUACAAGGAUUGCGUUGAUCAAAUGUAUAAAGAAGCAAAGGGCAUGGCAUCAUAGCAACUGUGAAGUCUUAAUUCCAGGCAAGAAGAUAUGCAUGAACUAUGAGCAUUAUUCAGUUACAGAGUUGCCCCUCCCAUGUCUCUGGAAGAACUUCUGUGCCAGUAAUUAUUUUACUGUUCCAGGAACCUUUCUUGGAGAUGAAAGAAGAAUGAAAUACAAUUGUGACAUAUGUAUUAUUUGUUCAAAAGCACAGAGAAAGGAACUCGUAUAAUAUAUGGAGUAUCUUCAAUCAGUAAAUACAAUGUUUCUGAUCUUUGUAUCAGAGAACUAAUGAUAAAAUAUCAUUUUCAUCAUUUUCAUUUACCCCAGUGCCGCAAAGGCUCCCACCUACGGUGGGGUAAGGAGGGGGUCGGAUGUACGCAAUCUUACCCCUGUACUCAUUUGAAAAGAUAUGAAGUAAUGGAAAAG